GCUUGAUGUCACUCAUGAGUCCCAGACUUUUAGAGGACUGGAGUUGAGACAGAAUAAGACAGGAUGAAUACAGGUUAUGUAAGAUAAGAGGGGAGGUGGAACUCUUUGAAUCUUGUGAUUGUUUUGACUGGAGUAACAUCAUCUGUCUGUAACAUCAACCUUUAGAAUAAUGGAACCAAAUAUGGAGAAAGUCUCAUUGAUCCAGAAUGACUGCAACCUAAAGUGCAGGCAAGACCUCAUAAGUUUGUUUGGUGAAUCGACUGCUGAGUAUUUCCUUAGUCCUUCCUCUCGCUCAAAGGACAUGCCCCCAUGGUUUUUACAACUACAAGAGGAAAUGAGAGAUCACAUACGUGCAGGGGCCCUGUGGGAUGCUCUGAGUCAACGCUCUGCACAGAUACUGCAAGAAUCAAAUACAGAGCCCUUAAUGAUUACAAGAAGGGUCACAGACUGGAAGACACUGAUUAAACAGGACCACCUGAAGCACCUAAUAGGGGUGAAAUACAUGUUUCGCUGUGCUCAGCGUAACCAGGCCAUCUCUGCCCUCCUUCUACAAUGUAACCCUCCUUUUUGACUAUGAGAUAAAUAAAGGACCAAGUUGGCUCCAGCCUAGAGAAGAGUAAAAUGAUCAGAAAGCACAUGGUGAGGUUCAACUUCAUAAAGGGAAAAAAUGGAAAGCAGGCUGAGCACAUGCCUCACCUGACAAUAAAAGUUGACCUGUAUCUGCAUCAUUCACCUCAAUAAGCUGAGCAGCUAAUGCUAGCCCAAGACAUUCAG